AUGGUGUCAAGACUACCAUUCGAAAUCCUUAUACACAUUUCUAAUAGUCUAUCGACCGAGGACCAGCUGUCCUGUGCUCUUACUUGCAAGACAUGGAGAUACCCAUUUCAAAAGGCUCUGUGGAAAAACAUACAAAUCUGUACCUAUCAAAGCAUGCAAAAAAUCAUCGACAGUAUUAAAGCCUCCCAAAAUGUACUUACAGCAUAUCCCUUCUUGGUUCACAGCUUACACAUACGUCAGGACUGCUAUAUGACAGAAAUGACAGACAUAAAUUUGUAUGAUCUAUUCAGACACCUGCCAAACAUAAAGAGACUUGACCUAGGAGACAUAGACUAUAGAGAUAUGAACACCGAGAUAGAAAAAUCAAAAGAAACAUGGAAGUCUCUGGAAGUUUUGAAGAUCCGAUACAAAGGAACCGAGGAUAAGAAGCGAGCAAGGCACUUCUUUAAGCUCAUAAAUACGUGUAGCAUGCUCAAGGAAAUAGAAAUACUUCAUGAUGAAUGUAUUUUUCGCAUAAAGUUUGGUGUCAAUGAAUUUGACAAAUUGCACCAAAACUUGCAAAGCCUAUCAUCUUUCAAGGUCAAUAUAUAUCUCACGCCUAAUCUUUCGGUUCCAAUGGACACCAUCCCAGAUACAAUACCAGCUUUUCCCGUGACAUCUGUAGAAAUAAAUUCGAAGGAGUACAGGCACGUAGACAGAAACGGAACUUCUAGUCAUAAUACCUGGGAUCCUUGGUGGCUGUACUAUUUCUGCCAUAAGUAUCCAAAUUUGCGCUAUCUAAAGCUGCAUGUUGCGGAAACACACCAUACCCUGAUGUAUUUGUGCGAUAAGAAAAAACUCGUAUCUCUUGUUAAAUCCACUCCAAACGCAUUUCGACAUCUAGAAGCAUUCGAACUUACGACUAACGGCUAUUUUGAGCAUUCUGACUUUAUUUUAUGGGAACUUCUUUAUCCAUUAAGAGCCCCUCUUAAACAUUUGGCGUUAGAUGGAACAGAAUAUGAAUUUAUAGACGAUAGAUGCCCGAUGGAUGUUAAAAAAAUUUACGAUCCUUUUCUGAAACACUCGAGAGUCCUUUACUCACGAGGUUUAAGUAUGAUACUGUGGAAGACGGUUCGUGCCUAA